GAGCGGACACUCUUUCCGUUUUGAGGUAGCUGCACGAGACACAUCUCUACACGCAGUGGUACACAUCCUUAUACAAGAAAUGCUAUGAACUCAAAGUUCUCUGCUUAAGAAUUCAACGGUUUCGCCGUCCAUAGCGUGAUAAAACGCGAUACAAUAAGCGUUUAACUCGCUCCUUCACGCAUCUCACUCGCCUGAGACAUGAAUGCACGACUCAUAACCGCAGCACAUUAGAUUCCUUUCCUUUUGCACACAAAUACGCAUACCACCACAGCAAUAAAAGGAACCCACACCCACCUCUUUUGUUCUCCUGCUCAUUGACAGCGUUUACUCGCGCUACAAGCGCCAUUUGUGGUCUUUCAUUGCAUCCAACUGCAUAGUUUUCUUUUCAUCGGCGAGUCAUAAGGUGACAGCGACGAAUGAGUUCUACGUCUUCAUCGGCACACCUGCAUGCCGACAGCACAGGCGGCAUGCGGUGCAUCGCGCACCUCGACAUGGACUGCUUCUACGCCCAGGUGGAGGCGGUGCGGCUCGGCGUGAACUGCCGCACCGUUCCUCUCGUUCUCUCUCAAUGGGAAAGCCUCAUCGCUGUCAACUACCCGGCCCGAAAAUACGGUAUUAAGCGCGGGCAGCACAACGCCAUUGAGGCGAAACAGAUGUGCCCUGACCUUGUCGUGGCCCUCUCCCCGAGCUACCGAGUGGGGGAAUCAGUCAGCCAGUAUCACCCGAACCCUACGCGAGACUAUUACAAGAUCUCGCUUGAACCCUACCGCCUCGCCAGCCGAAAGUUUUUCGCCAUUAUAGCUUCAGCACCGGGCGUGCAGGUGGAGAAAGGAGGCGUCGACGAGGCGUACAUCGACGUGACGGAGGCGGCGCAGCGGGAGCUGGCGGCGGUGCGUGCGGCGGCCGGCGGCCCCGACGUCGCGCUGGACGCGCUGCGGGACGUGAUGGAGCCAUCGACGCGGUUGAUCGGGGACCGGCGGGCGGAGAUGCAGGCGUGGUUUGGCGAGCGGGGGACGUCGCUGGAGGCCGUCUUCGACGCGCCGAUGCGUGCGCUGCUGCGUGGGGAGCGCGGGCGUGCGGUGGAGGGCAGCCGCGGGUUCUGCGUGGACGGCGACGACGGUGCCUACGCGGCGCGCUGCCUGCUGCUGUGUGCGGCGUCGCGCGUGGUGCACCGGCUGCGGCAGCGCAUCUACGCGGAGCUGCACUACGACUGCUCCGCCGGCAUCGCGCACAACCGCGUGCUGGCGAAGUGCAUCAGUGCGACGCACAAGCCGAACCAGCAGACGCUGCUGCUGCCGGACCGCAGCGCGAGUGCUCUAUUCGAGCUGCCACUGACCCGGCUGCGCGGGUUUGGCGGGAAGUUCGGUGCUGCGGUGAGCGCGGUGUGCGGCGGUGCGACGGACUGCCGUGACCUGUGGAUGGUGCCGCUGCCGCAGCUGUACGCGUUGGAUAGCUCCGCGUUUGCACCUGGCGAUGACGACGAUGGCGGCGACGACGAGGAUGGCGGAGGCAGCGUCAACGCACAAAGGCCGCGACGCAGCCCCGCCCAUUUCACGCAGAAGGUGCUAGGCGACGACGGUCUUGUGACGCACGACUUGUCCGUCGACGCGUAUUAUCGCAUGCGUGGGGUAGCGGAGGACACCAUUGUGAACCGCCCGCUGUCCAAGACCCUCAUCGCGUCUAAAAACUUCGGCUUCCUCACCUCAUCCGUCGAUACGAUUCAGCGGUGGGUCGUGGUGCUGUGCGGCGAGUUGUGCUCCCGCUAUGACGAGUUCACAGCUCUGUACCACCUCCGCGGCCGAAACUGGAAUAUAAAGCUUGGAAAUGAGGGCUUUCGAAGGAUGGGAGGUGUGAUGAACUACACGGUGGCGCUCCCGGACGUGGUACAGCCGGACAUCCUUGCAGCAGUUACGAAGCGGGAGAUUCAGAGUUUGUUUCGCGAGAAGGGUGGUGCCGUGUCGGCGGACUCGGUGACGCUGACGAUGGGUGGCUUCGUCUCGGACAACUCUGGCGCGAUGGGUCUCGUGCCGUCGCUCUCCGCCAUCUCCGGAGCGAAGUCGGAUCGCCAGCCACCGCGGCAGCGGACGCUUCAUUCGUUCCUUCAUGCUUCUUCAUUGACAGCGGAUGAGACGGCGACAACGAAUCCAUCAGGAUCAGCAGCAGCGGCAACGGUGCGUGUGGCAGAGCAAAUCUCUGAUAGCUCUGCCGAUGAAGAGGAUGAUGAAUGGAAAGGCGAGGUAGUGAUCUGCCACAGCAGCACCAGCAGCAAUUUCGAUCCUUUUGACGACGACGGCGCUUCUGUGCAAGACAGCGACGUCGUGUCGUUGUCACUGCCCUCUCAGCGGGUGGUCCUCGCUGCGGAGAGCUGCGUGAGUGCGGUGCAGACCGUUUCGCCACCGCCUUCCUCUGUCCGCGUUAGCCGGCCUGGUCACGUUCUCGGAGAAGUGAAAGGUGAAGCGGAGACGAAAGCUGAAGGGAAGACAGUAGAGCAGCAGACAUCACUAACACCGUUUUCCACUUCGGUGAAGACGGCUUCGGAAAACACCACACACCCUCCCCUUUCUUCUUUCAAACCUUCUCCUGCGGUGGUGGUUGAAGACACUGCGGGGGUGGAGGACGGUGAGGCUUGCGUUGAAGGCGGUAGAUGCGACGGCGACAGCAGUCCUGAUGUGGGAGUGGAACGCGCGGCGAAACGCGCGAGGAAGGACUGUGAAACGGUCAUCAUCGAUUAA